UGCGCUCUGGCGGCGGUGAGCGGAAAGCGCGUACCUCCCCACUCUGGGAUGGCACUGCGCGCUAUUCGGCGAUAUCAGAUUGAUUGACCACUCUCUACAGUGGUUCUAUUGAGAAAAAUUCUUCCUCCCAUUAGGGGGCACGGCUCGGCGCCGCUCUUUCCCUGCGACUGUGACGCAGCAGGGACAAAGUCGGCGCGUCUUGUUUUCGCCGUUGCUAUAGGCCACGCACAUAUGCGGAAGACGACGGCACGGGGCAACCUCAUUCACCGCGCCGCGGACUUCCCUAGCUAGCGGAAAGCUCGUUUCACCGCCGGUGUGGCCCCGCUGCUUCCGUGCUGUCGUCGUGGGCGCGUGGACGCCGUCGGCAUGGCAACCCAGCUGAAACUGGUCCUUUUCGUGGGAAGCUGCCGCACAGAACGCCUUGCCGAGCGCCUCAAGCGCUACGUCACCGUGCAACUCGAGAAAAGGGGACACUUGGUCAGCGUCAUUGACCCGGAGGAGGAGCCCAACCUGCUGGCGGUGCGCAAGCCUUUGCACUUCCACGGCCCCGACGAGACGCCUCCAGCGUGGCUCAGCCGGCUGCACGACAAGGUGAAGGAGGCGCACGGCUACCUGGUGCUGUGCCCCGAGUACAACCGCUGCAUCGCGCCGGCACUGGGCAGCGCCAUGGACCAGUUCCCACCGGACUCGUACCGCCACAAGCCGUGCGCCAUCGUUGCCUAUAGCAUCGGCACCGGAGCAGGUCUGGCUGCCGCGAUGCAGCUUCGCAGCUUCCUGGGCGAGCUGGGCAUGGUGACGGUGCCCUUCAUCAGCCUCAACGCCAAAAUUCAGGAGCUGGUCGCCCAGGAUGGCAGUGCCUCGGACGACGGUUUCUCUCGGCGCAUGGCGAAGCUAGUGGCCGAGCUGGAGUGGUAUGGGGCGGCACUCAGGAACCACAAGGAGGCCUGCGGUCCUCCGGGCGAAUAAGGAUUGUUGAGACCGAAUCGAAUAGUGCUAAAAGCGAAUACUUUUUCCAAUAUUAGAGAGCCGUUUCUACUAAUAACAUACAAGGAGGUUCACACUCUAGAUGUAAUAAAUUUAGUCUCCUAUGUGCAUUAGGAACGUACAAGCAAGUUAUUCGCAUGCACAGAGAUCUUCAGAGAGUUUGAACCAUCGUUGUAUAGGCGGCUACAUCUCGGUCACCGAUUUUCUGCUGUAAAAGACUGUAUAUGUCAUAAAUCUUAUAUGUCAUAAAAUUUAUCAUGUCAAUUUGGACCUCACAGGGCGUAAAAAUUGUCGAAAUAUUUGUCAACUGUUGGAAAAAAUAUUCGGAUUGACGAGCUAUUCGAUUCGAUACUCCUUCGGAUAAUCGCGCACCCGUACUUGAAAGCGAAUUUUGCACCGUCUGCCGACACUUUCAGCGCGAGAUGCUGUCAGUGACAGGAGCAUAUUGGAAAUAAAAGUGCUUACUCAACGAA